AUGGAAUGUCCGUUUGCCCCAGGAAAAGGAGGCAAAAAGUCCCUCGGACCGAUCCAUUCUGACAUGUCGUUUUUACUCCCGCUUUUUGCCAUCUUAUUGACUGGUCUUUUGGCUCCCCUACCGGAAAAUCUUGUUUUUACUUGUAAAAGUCCUUUUGAGAGAUGUUAUACUAUUUCAGAAAUUCCUAUCGAAAAAAACUUUUAUUUUUAAAAUUAUUACGUUUACACCUCUGUAGGGUUUCUGAUCAAAUUUAUCGCAACAUUUCUUUUCCCUCUUCCUGAUACGAAUCAGAAGUGCUAAUUUGUUAGUUGAUUCCGCGUGGAAGAUAUGGAUAGGGUAGCUCAAAACGGAAGGCAAAACGGCAAGAGAUAAUGUGUGUGGCGUGGAGCGAAAAAUUCCUUUUCUCAGGCACAUAUAUCCGGUUACGCCCGCUUCGUCGCUAUUUACCAUAUCUCAAGAUGCUUCGAAACCAAGAAUUCACUUCAGUUUUGUUCCAAUUCCGUGUGUUUGACUCGAUUUCAAUAUAGUUUAUUUAAAAAUGGUUACUAGAAUGUAAAGGCCCACUUGGGUUGGAUUGGAUUUUAAAUGUGUCCGUGGAACGUUUUUUCGAGGUUUUAUGACUGGACUACACGUUUCGAUGAAAUGCCAGAACUUCCUUAAUAGGAGCCCACUGAGUUGGAAGGCUUCAUAGCAAAAGCUAUCGAAAAAAUAUUUCGAGCUGAACCUUUUUUUCAACUUUUUAAGAGGGUCUUUUGUGCGGAGUGUAUUUUGUGGCGUGAUUUUUCAAGCUGUUUUGCGGGCUCAAUAACUCGAUGUUUCAGUUCAUUGAUUUUCUAUGAAACUUGGAAGGAGCAUAGAUGGCUUGGAUAAUAAAUCUUGACGCGAAAAGCUUUUACUUCUCGCGAAGGAUUUUUAAGCUUUCAUAAUUGGACUAUAUACUCUUCCAUACAUUGAUUACUUUGAGACGAGGGUUGAAAUUAAAAAGAAUUAAAGGAAUUAUGGUUUCUUGGGAAGCCCUAGAACUUUUUAAAUUUCCGCUCAACUUCGACUCUUCGCCAGAAUAGCUAUUUUUCAAUUUCAUUUUCAAUCAAGUUUGGAAGUUUAGUGAUUUUUUGCUCCAUUUGUACUUUUCCCUUCCACUCUGUAGUUUACCAAUACUUUUUUCAUGAAAUUUUGAAAAAAAAAAGACACCUGCCGGGAAAAUUUUUUUUUUCUCAACUCGAUACUUGUGGGGCUGCGCUCCAUUACCUUUAUUGAAUGCAAGCGGAAAAACGAUGCAAUUUCUUUCCAAUUGUUCAGAUUUCUAUAUCUCUGGUUAUAAUUUACGGAAAGUUAUUCUUUCUCCAGCUUCAUUUUUUUUCUGUUUUCUAAGAAGUCUUCACCUAGUCUUCUUGAAAAACUUCUUUUGGUAAUCUUUCAAGAUAUCACUGGAUCUUGUUGGAAUUUUCAUUUUUGAAUAAAAUACUCGAGUAUUGUCGGCGUUCGGUUGAUUAAAAAUAUUAUCUUAUUAUAUAAAUGUAAUCUCAAAGUUUUUUUCUCAGAACAAUUUCAAUCUUUUUUUCCCACUAUUCUAGCUUCUGAAAAGUUUGAAAAUUAUUUUUUAAAUUUUUGUAGACAAGAUUUCGAAAACCAAAUCGAAAAACUGAUUCAAAAGAAUCGACUUAGAAAAUAGUUUCUUUGGAAAAUUUCUUUCAUCUGAAGUCUUUUUAUAAAAACUUGAAAAUCUCAAAAAAUUUCUAAAGAAUUCCAAAAUUCCGCAAAAAUGUGUAAAAUUUAAUUUUCUUUGAAAUAUAUUUUCCAAUCCUCUCGCUACAUGUUUUCCUACACUUCUCAGAAUCUUUCCUAAUUUUUGCCGAAUCGAAUCCUCCAUUCACUCCGACUCGAAUGAACUGCAUUUCCUCACUUCUGAUGGCCUCCAGGGCUUCCGUUGCGCGACGACCGACAGAAGAAACUGCGCGCCACGGGGAUGUCGGCCUCCGACCCAAAGAACCGACAUCCCCCGCCGAGUUUCGACGGCGAGCCUUCGGUCCGGAUCAAUGGCCUCCUCCUGCCGGCCGACAUGAGCGACGAGCUCAAGGGCCUCAACGUCUCCAUCGAAGACCGAUCCUUGGAGGUUCUCGGAAAAAAAGAGUUUUCUCGCGUUUCUUGAGUUUAAAACUACAUGGACAAAUAAACAACUCAAUUAAUCCAGGUAGAAGGCUUGGGGUACAAGUAGUUUAAAAGAAAGGCGCUUGGAAUAAAUUUUAACUCCUUAACUUAGGCUUAGAAAUCAGUACUGCCUCAGGAACCAGUACUGAUUUCAAUUGAGGGACAUUUGGGACAUUAAAAAAAUAAAAAAUUGGUUCGCUUUUGAUUGGUUGUAAAAUGCAAGAAGAACUUUUGCUCGAAUUUUCGAAAUAUCGAAAAAAGGCUCCAUCAGCCAAUCAAGGCGACGUUUUGAUGGAGCGAACUUGAUGGAUCUCAACACAAAUCAGAGGAGUGGAAAAGUUGGAGAGUAAAAAAAUCUAAUUUUUCAAUGAGGACUUAUUUUUUUGUGGAUCAGUUGAUUUUUUUCAGAAACAAGAAGAAAUCGGAUGCAAAAAAAUAAAACUAAUGAACUUACAAAACAUUCAAGAUUUGCUCGAAAUAUUAACUUGAAUAGAAUGAAAAGAAGUGGAAGAGUUUGAGAUUUUGUAAUCAUAUCAGAGAGUUCAAAAUCGAGAAAGUUUUCCCGAAGUAAUUUUUUUAAUUUUCAACUUUUCAGUCACUCGAAUCGACCCGUCGGAUGAUGGCCCUGUGCGAGGAGGUUCGUUACUUUUCAAGAAAGAUUUUCGCGAAUUUUCUGAGCCUUCAUGCAAAAGAAAGAUGCCUUGAAAAAUUCACUAAUUUUUUUUCAGAGUAAAGAAGCGGGUAUCAAAACUCUCGUCAUGCUGGACGAUCAAGGAGGUAAAUUAUUUUGGAAGAAUUUUCAUCUUCGAAGAUUUUUUUUGAAAAGUUUGGCGUUAAUGGAACACAUGUGGUCAAAAAGAAAGUUUAGAGAUUGAAAAAUUAAAUUGGACCAGGAAUCGCCCAAAAAUUUGAGGUUAAUAUUGAUGAUAGUUUAUUCACUGCCAUAACUUUUUGAGGUUGAAGUUGAAAACAGAAGUCUCCUUUAUGAAAGUAUUUUCGAUGACCUUAAGUGAGCUGUAAUAAAUGAUUUCUGUUGAGAACAACUGGAAAGAUGCGAGGGAGCUCUGGACACGAUCAACACGGACAUGAAAGAAGCCGAAGACCAUCUGAAGGGUAUGGAGAAGUGCUGUGGACUCUGCGUCUUGCCCUGGAACAAGUUGGUUUUCCGUUUUCGAAACAACUUUGAAAAAAUUAUUUUUUUUUUCUGAUUUUUUUGUCCAACAUUUUUCUCGGUGUCUCUCUUAUUUUUACUCUCUAUUUUCAAGUUUGUUAUUGUGUUGAUGAGGGAAAGAGACGCAGACAAGUCAGAAGUCACGGCUUGAAGAAAAGGGAAAUCCUCUCUGGAAAUUUUUUAGAAUUCUUGAAAAGACUUGCAAAAUCGUAGAACUUUUGAUGCUCCUCAUGGCGUAAAAAGCUAGAGAACUACAGAAAAAAGUACAAAAUUAAAUUUUAAAUAUCAAAUUUUCAAAAUUUUCGCAUCUUCAAUAUGCUUGAACCUCAGCUUCUUGCAGGAACGACGACUUUGAGAAGAACUCGGAGUACGCGAAGGCGUGGAAGAAGGACGACGACGGAGGCGUGAUAUCUGAUCAGCCGAGGAUCACCGUCGGAGAUCCGACCAUGGGGCCUCAAGGCGGAUACAUCACCAAGUAACGACCAUUUCUAAGCAGAGAUAUUCCAAAGACUGACACUUAAACGGACAAGCAAAUUCCUUUUAUAUACUUCUCGACUCAAAAAAAAACAUGCGCAGAUUGGCAAAGUGCCUUGUUGAUUACACGACGCGGCUUUUCGAGAAAAUCUCGAGGUCAGCCGCAGUUAUAGAAAAAAUGUGGAAAAAAAAACCUUCCUUCAUCUAAUCGGAAUUCCCAACCUAAUAAAAUAGUUAUUUCAUUCAAAAAUGAUCGAAAAACGAGAAAAAAAAAUGAACAAAAAAGGUCGUUUGGCUUCCCGAAAAAAAAAGCCGCGUCGCGUUAGCAACGCUUUACCGUUGCCGAUUUUCCCAUUUUUUAAAAGAAGAGUAAUAUUUUUCCAGGAUCACUAACGACGCAAGGGAAGAGGAAAUGGACGAGAAUAUUCAGCAGGUUUUUUAAACUCAAUAUUUUGUGAAAUACGAAAUUUUCCAGGUCUCCACAAUGGUCGGUAACCUGCGCAACAUGGCUAUUGAUAUGAGCACUGAAGUUUCCAACCAGAACAGGCAGCUCGACCGUAUCCACGAUAAGGUGAAAAAUAAAAUAGGAAAACCAAAUCAAGUGAUGAACAUUUCAGGCACAAUCCAACGAAGUUCGCGUCGAAUCGGCAAACAAACGUGCCAAGAACCUCAUCACCAAGUAA